AUGGGCAUCUACACUGAGGGGUUGUACAAAAUGUACGGCGCCCAUUGGCAGGAAACGCUUUUUUACACUCACUUUUUGGCCUUGCCGAUGUUUUUGGUUUUCAGCCCUGCCCUAGUUGCUGAUCUCAAGGUCCUUUGGAACUCUGAGGUCUACUAUGGAGUGCCGCGCAGUUUGGCCUUCUUGGGGCUCAAUGCCGUGACCCAGGUAGUCUGUGCGCUGGGAGUGAACCGCCUUGCUGGCGUAGCGUCGUCAUUGACGGUCGCUGUGAUUUUGCUCACGAGGAAAUUUGCCAGUUUAGCCAUCAGUGCUUAUAUUUACGGGCUGUCUUUCUCAAGGCAAGGCAUGGUCGGCUCGCUUUUGAUUGUAUUGUCUACCGUUUACUACACCGUGGCCUCGAUGAAAGCAAAACCGCAAAGCAAGCAAAAAUCGGACUAA